UUCCGCUGCUGUUUUCACAAAUGUACAACGUAUCAUUGAGAUAAAGGUGAGAAACUCCACCAAGAAUAUGACAGUUCAGUUCACAGCCGUUUAUGGGAACAAGUAUGUGUCAUUUUUGCACAUGUUGAACAAAGACUUCUUCAUUUUGCUGAUAAUUAUUGCAGGUUUUUAAGAGACUCACUUCACUCUCCUGAGGAACUUGACUUCUCUACAGACCUUGUGAAAAUUCAAACAGAUGGCUGGAGCUCUGAAUAUCCUCCUCACUAUCUGUCUGCUGCAUGGUGUCUUAAGUGCAGACUUUCAGAUCUUUUUUCCAGAGACAAUAGAGGCUGUAGCUGGAUCCUGUGUGACCAUACCCUGUUCCUUUGAACUACAAGACUAUCAUAGAACAAACUUAGAUAAUACAUGUGUAGCAAAAUGGAGAAAAGGAAACGAUUGGAAUUCUGCACAAGAUGUCACGUCAAGAUUUAUCAUAAAAGCAACAACAGGAGACUUAAAAAACAAAACCUGCACCUCAACUAUGAAUAAUAUACAAAUUGCAGAUGGUGGUACAUAUUUUUUCAGACUGGAAUGCAAGGAUCGGAUGAUGUAUACUUUUCCAUCAGGUGUGAAUAUUAAAGUCAGAGCUGAUCCUCCUAAACCGACUCUGUCUCCGUCUGAACUGGAGGUGGAGGAGGGGGCCUCAGUGAGUCUGCAGUGCUCUGCUCCAGCUCCCUGUCCAUCUCUUCGUCCGACUGUGACGUGGACCCCCAGUCUGGGAACCAGUCAGGAGACACUGAUGGAAAAUCAGGACAAAACUAAAGUCAUAAAGUCUGUUCUGAAUUUCACUGCCUCUCACCUCCACCACGGACAGAGGUUCUCCUGCACUGCUGUCUACAGGAGAGAAGACAACAGGGAUGUGUCGUCUGUUAGCGAAGAACUAACAGCUCGUGUUAAAUAUCGACCCAAAAACACCACUUUCUUGGUCAGUCCAUCUGGUUCAGUUCAAGAGGGCACUAAUGUGGUUCUGAAAUGCAGUAGUGAUGCCAACCCAGCAGUACAGAUCUACACAUGGUACAGAGCUGAUCCACAACAUGAGACUCUAAUCCACACCGGACCUGAUUUAACCAUUACUGCAUCAAGAAACACUGGUGCUUUCCUCUGUCAGGCUGAAAACGAUCUGGGAACUGAACGGUCCAACAAGACAAACAUAGAUGUUCAAUAUGUACCCAAAGACACCAAAGUCUUGGUCAGUCCAUCUGGUCCAGUUCAAGAGGGCACUAAUGUGGUUCUGAAAUGCAGUAGUGAUGCCAACCCAGCAGUACAGAUCUACACAUGGUACAGAGCUGAUCCACAACAUGAGACUCUAAUCCACACCGGACCUGAUUUAACCAUUACUGCAUCAAGAAACACUGGUGCUUUCCUCUGUCAGGCUCAAAACGAUCUGGGAACUGGACGGUCCAACAAGACAAACAUAGAUGUUCAAUAUGUACCCAAAGACACCACAGUCUUGGUCAGUCCAUCUGGUCCAGUUCAUGAGGGCACUAAUGUGAUUCUGAAAUGCAGUAGUGAUGCCAACCCAGCAGUACAGAACUACACAUGGUACAGAGCUGAUCCACAACAUGAGACUCUAAUCCACACCGGACCUGAUUUAACCAUUACUGCAUCAAGAAACACUGGUGCUUUCCUCUGUCAGGCUGAAAACGAUCUGGGAACUGGACGGUCCAACGAGAUAAAAAUAGAUGUUCAAUUUGCUCCACAGAUCCUGUCCUCGUCCAACUGCACCAAAGCUGCAGCCACAGUCAGCUGUUCCUGUUCCACUGUGGGAAACCCUUCUCCCAGAUUACAGUGGUAUUUGGACGGACUAUCUGUGACUCACUCGGACAAGGUAGACAUCAGCAGUGAGUCUCUGAACGGCACAGGUCUAAGGAGCACCAUCACCAUAAACCUCCCACAGGAGUUGGAUCCGUCCACUCUGUUCUGCCACAGCAGCAACUCUGUGGGUUCCACCGUUCGCCAGCUCAAUGUCAACUCUUUUGAGCAACAAACCUAUUCAAGGUUUGGUCAAGGUCUUUUUCCAGUCAUUUUGGCUGUUGCUGUUGUAUCUCUCAGUAUGAAUGUCUUCUACACAAUCUACAUGAUUUCUCUUCGCAGGAAAUCAAAACUGAAUGUGAUGCCGAGUGAAGGGGACACGACGUACAUGUCAUUAGACAGAAGAGACGUGUCUCCUGAAUAUGGGGUCAUUGGACAACUUCCAACAUGAGUAGAGGAUGUAUGUGUUUGUCAUUCUAAACUGGGCUCCAAAACACAAAUAUUCCACGGUUUCCCACAGCAGAUGGGACAAAUACUUAAUUCAGUGUAAAUACAUAUUAUUUCAUAAGAUUGCUGUUUUUUCAUUCUAUUAGUACUGGUGUUUUUUCAGGUCUAUACUUAUCGUUAUUUUGGUUGUAUUUUUGUUUUCAGUGUUCUGCUCUUUUAGUUUUAUACAUCAUUAUUAUGUCAAAUGCUUGUACCUUCGCACACAUAAUAUGUCAUAUAAGACAAUAUACAGUAUAUACAGCUCUGGAAAAAAUUCAGAGACCACUGCAAUUUCCUGUGAAAUCAGC